CUCGUUUUCGCCCAUUAUCCCCUUAAUACACGGGUCGGGCUGCCGUCACUGUCGUCAUCGAGAAUAUUCGCGGAUACAGGAGCUCGAAAUCGCUUUUCCAGGAUACAGGGACAAUCCCGCACGAAACAGCGUUCCGCCAACAACUAGCCAUAGAGCGAUGGCAUCCGCGGAGCAAGGCACGGCAGAGCACCAGAUCAAACAUGCCCGCGGUGUAUCGCGCGUGCUGGAAAAGCUGCGGACGUCGAUGGAGGCCAGGAACUUCUACGAAGCGCACCAGAUGUACCGGACACUGUACUUUCGCUACAGCGCGCAGGCAAAGUACGACGAGCUGCUGGAGCUGCUGUACAACGGUGCGGUCACGAUGCUCGACCACCUGCAGUACGGCAGCGGGGCCGAUCUCGGUCUGCUCAUCAUACAGACACUGGAGUCCGCCGGAACGACGCGCCUUCCAGCCGAGGAGUGGAUGAAGCGGCUGAGCGAGCUGAUCGAGAAAAUCAAACCGUCCGUGAACGAACGGGAAACAGUUUUGGAGAAAGCUAUUAAAUGGAGCGGAACGGUGGCCAAAUCACCGAUGGGCCACCCGCUGAUGCACAAGCUGAUCGCACAAAUCAUGUACAACGAGAACAACCUGCCCCAGGCCCGGUACCACUAUCCACUGUCGCGGGACGGCUUUAGCUGUGCGUUUUUGCUAAUCGAGCUGAGCCAGGCGAAAGGGUACGUCGGUGAGGUGGACCUGUUCGUCGCGCAGAUGGUACUGCAGCUGCUCUGCCUGAAGGAGCCGGCCGUCGCCACGGAAACGUUUGCCACCUACAUCAAGUUUCAUCCCCGGAUAGCCUGCACCGAUCCGCCGUUCGCGCGGCCCCUGCUGAACUUCCUUUUCUUUCUGCUGCAAGCGAUCGAGCAGGAGGGCCGCAAGUACGCGGUGUUCCGUGCGCUGUGCGAUCUGUACAAGCCCGCGCUCGAACGGGAUCCAUCGUACGACAGGUAUCUGCGCAAGAUCGGUGUGAUGUUUUUCGGCGCCAGCCAGCCGGAGCAGUCGCGUUCGUUUGCGUUUGGCGAUUUGCUGAACCAGUUCAUUCAGGAUCUCAGCGCGGAUUACGACGAUGAGCCCACUGAGGGUGAGGGGGGUGGGGGCCGGAGGGAUACCGAAAACGAGCUAGGCAGCAGCAUGCACGGUGAUGUGGAUUGAUUCGGCGUGGUUCGGCCGUCAUUCGCCUACCCAUUCGUGCACGGUAGCUCAAGUGGUAAUUACCCUUUUGCCAGAGUUCUUUUUUCAUUCUCUCGAUGCGUACGUAUUCUAUCGUGAUUUUCGGAAAAUAUUUGUUUUUGUUAGUUAAUUAAUAGCGACGAGGAAAUAUCAUGUUGUUAUAAUUUGCUGCGCACGGGCAUUAGCUUAAUUUCCCUUCGGUCCUUUCCUGUACUAUGUGCUUAUUUAUCACAGAAAAUAAAACAAAUUUCCAACAAAUGUUAA